AUGGAGGAAUCAGCGUGUCCUACACACGUUUUAGAGGUGUCGGUCAAACAGGCUGUCAAGUCGGCAAAUACAUGUUCCCCCGAAACUACCGCGUUGCUCAAACGACUUCUCUGCCUGAGCUCGACGGCAAGCACGCAUCAUCGAGAUGAACAGCCCAUUGACGUUAAAUCAACUAGGCGGCCGAAGAGCUCGAAGGAUCGGAAGGCUCCUAAGCCAGUACAACCAAAAUUCUCUGCCGAAUCCUUCAGAUCUCAAACACAGUUUGGAGCAGAGACUGGACGGCUGUUGCAGAAAGAGAAGCUUGUCUUAGCUACCGAAGUAUUCAAUUCCGCGUCAAAAGCACUCUCCGAUUUUAUGAAAUCCUCUACGGACUGUCAAAAUUCCAGAGUCUCCGUGAAAAUUGCCAUUGCCACGCCCCAAAAGAGCCUGACUCUAAGACGACCAUUACAAUCAGUCUCCCCAAAUUCGACCAUUUCCUCCCCGGUCAAGACGAAACCCAUGGGCGAAGCCACCUCCAAAAAGGAUAUCCAAGGUUGUGGGAUUGUGGAAGUUGCAAAUUGUGCUCGGGUGGCGUUGUCAUAUCUUUGUGACUUGAGGUCGUCUCCAGAAGAAGGGAUGCCACCACUCAAUACCCAACUUGAGCAAGGGUUUUGCGUCUUAAUUGGGAAGCUGCUUGCUGUUGGUUUACAUGAAGCUGCAAUAAAUGAACUCAGAAAGCUGAAGAGGAGGAUACAGGGAUAUCUAACAAGUGAACCACUACAUGAGAAAUCUCAGGAUAAAAAAAAGCCCUCCCGCGCCAGACAACGCGACGAACCAGUCAAGGAAAUUCUAGCUGACCUUAUCCAAAUUGACAAGGUUCCUUCCAACGAUCUACUUUUAAACCUGGUUAUUUCUUUUCAGGCUCAAGCCCUCAAAGUCAUUGCGACCGACAAAAAGCCAUCCACUGUGAAUAAGCUAUGCGACUUACUUUUAUUAUCGAAUCCAACAAGCCCUGCAAGCAUCAUCCUUACGGCAUUGAAUAAAGGUGUUUUGUCCACCGAAAAAGCUGCUCAGCAGUUACAAUCACUCUCAUACGCUGUGCUUUCACUUGCUUCACCUACCCCAAACGCUGAAAAUGAGAAAUCUUCACUUGCAAAGCCUCGCGUUAAGUACACAACUGCUGUGAAUCUCCAAAUUCUGUCGCUUGAAAUACGGUGUAUGUGGUGGAAAGUCUGUGGACACAAGGGCAACAUGGAAAAGGAGUUAUGGCACCCGUUGGUUCGUUACCUCAUGGCAUUUGCCAGACGAUGCUCGACCAUCACAAAGAGCGAUUUUGAAAUAGUGAAGCAGGCUUUCCUGCGGCUGGAAUCAACCGUGACGACCAAUGGAUAUGUCUUUGUGCCACCUGCUGGCCAAUUUGGUUCCGUGUCAACUGUUAUGAAAGUGCUUGGUCAAUUGGCUCAGAGUGCUGAUUGCAAAGUUGAUGCCCUGGAAUUUUUCGAUAACUGCAUUUCGUCUCUCACAGUUGACCAGCCUCUGCUCCUUGCUAUCUGCAACUGCAAGAUUGCUCUCCUGCGACUGGAGACAAUGCAGACUCGAAAGAUUGCUCGUGCAUCUAAAACUGCGUCUGCCGUAUCGGAAGCGUUGAAGGGUUUAGCAGCUCCCUUGAAGGGAAACCAGUCCGAUCUCGAGGAGUUGGUUAUCGAGUCUGCCAAACUUAAGAAGGUGGCAAUGGGUUUUCUGAAUACACUUGGCGAUGCGGCAAUGAACGCAAAUGACGGAGAGUUAGAAUACGGACCGCUAGGACUAUAUAUCAUUGAUUAUCUCAACAGCUUUGUCAGGUUCCUGACUCGCUAUCUUGCGCAGACAUCACUUACGCAACUCGAAGCCGAUACUACGACCAAUUGCCUGCUUCAAGAGCGACUUUUAAAAUGCAAGAACAUUGUACUCUCAGCAGUCGAUUCGGCCGUCGCGGUUGGGAAAAUAUCGGUUGUCGCAAAGCGACCCUCUUGGCCCGAUGUCCAACCUCUUUUGUCGAAUUGUUUUACUCUCCUUAAAUCACUUCAUUCGGCGGAAAGUAUUGAAAACCAAAUAAAUAUAUCAGAUUCGACAUCAGCUAGCUUCGUUAAGCUUUCAAAUAUCUACUGGUCCCGCUACGUCAAACAAAAAGAGCUUGGGGCAUCUCCUUCCGACCUCAUUCCUUUGUUAGAACGGUCAACGAGCCUUCUACGAACAUGCCCGCCAGAAAAUUCAGCUGGGUUCCUGGCUACCAAAUGGGAACGAUUAGCCUGUUUGUACUCCGACAUUUCUCAGACUCAAAAAUCUAGAGAAGCCUAUCGGUCCGCUAUCCAGGCGCAUAUCAACGGCGGUGCUUUGAAAUGCAUAACCCAAUCUGCUGCGACGAAACCUCUAUCAUCGAUCCUCAGAGAUUCAUCAUUUCCUUUAGGCCGUGUGUUGUCUAAUUAUGCUCGAUUUUGCUGGAAACGCGCGUAUCAUCCUCGCGAAGCCGUCUUUGAUGACGUGAAUCUGGAACCCGAAGAAAGAGGGCUCUUACUCGAAUGUCAAGUCAUGGCCUUGCUAGAAAUACCUUCCUCUAGCGAAUCAGAUGGUAAAAUGUCGCCUUUACCAUUCAUAGUUUCGGCUUUGUUGGACAUAUAUCCACUGAACUCUUAUCCAAUACGCCGGUUGAGGGUUAUCCUUCAAACUAUUCGCCUUUCACUCCAUGAUCCAAACCACGUUGGACCCGAACUCUUUGAAAACAUUCUAGAAGAAACUCAUACUUUUUUGUCUGAUAAAUUUGAUCUCGGGAAUGAUUCUGGUCUCUUCCAGUACAAAGAAUCCAUGCUGACCUCCCUUCGGUUCACCCUGGGAUUAUUGCAAGGAGGUUUACCUACGGAAAACCUACAGAAAAUUGCUUACUCUUGGGCUUCAAUUGCACAAAGCUGCCAAACAUGGGAGUCCAUCCUCGCAAAGAUAGAUGAUCCGGAAACAUUCAUCUCACAAUUGAAAGUGCUUGUCAAUUAUUUUGAGGUGCUUGGGCUAUGGAAACUUAGGAUAUCUGCACUUUCAACGCUUCGACAUGUUUUGGAGGUCCAUGAAACAAAGGAUUUUCCCGAGAUACUAUUGUGUUUAUCUCAGCUGGGCCUUCAAUACAGUCGCCUUGGAUACCUUGAAAGGGCAGGGUCUAUAUUUCACACUGGGGGUGGUCUCCUCCAGAGCAAUGAUAUGUUACCUCUGGUGUUGAUUUCUUGGAAUAUUGGGCUGGCUGAAUAUCUUACCGAUAUAGGACAUUUUGAUAGAGCUAUCGAAACAUUGAAUAGCACUAAGGCAACAUUUGAGCAAAACUGCAACCAGGUUUUAAAGUCCAACUUUCAAGUCAGGCUGACAUGGGAAAGAUUGGUAGCGGAAGCUGCCUAUGCAAACUCUCGAAUAUAUUUUGAACUUGGAUCAGUUAAACGUGCUAUGUUUUUUGCUAAAUCUGCUGUUAAAUUAAACAACAGGAUUUGGGCAAAAUUAGACAAGAUUUCUGAUAUGAAGCGGCAGAAAUUAUCUUCUGAUGCUUCUGACUCAGACGUCGGUGUCCUCUCGAGUACUUUCGAAGCUACCAGUCUAGUAUCAGAUUACCGCUGCAGAGGAGAUCAUAUCUACCGCGAAGGUUCUUUGUAUUGGCCGCAUUUCACGUCACAUUACAUUGGACUUGUCAAUCUAUCCAGACUUUCUGCACACAAUGGUCUUUUCCAGGACUGUGUCUUCUUUGGAGAGCAGGCGCUAAAAGUCUGCCAGGCAAUCGGUGCCACUUCCUCAACAUCGUUUAUUCAGGCCGAACUUGGAAUUUCCUGGCUUCGUGGUGGGCAUGUUCUAAAAGGUCAAGAGUUAUUGGACAUCGCGUCAGGUGCAGCUAGCAAGGAGGGCCAGCGUCUGGAAACUGUCUCAUUUCAUAUGGCGUUUUCCUUGCUCCAUCAACUUCAGGGAAACCUAGAAGAAAGAAGCAAGUCCCUUGACGUAGCUCAUCGAACUUUGUUGGAGAUUUCGCGACAUGACACGACUGAACCAACAGAUGGUUCAAUUCCAGACCUUGGUAUUGAGUCCAAAAUGAGCCAGCUACAGAUCGAUACCAAAUCCCGGAGCCGAAACCCGCCAGCGACCCGACAAACAAGGGCGAGACGCUUGAAAACUUCCGAAAACCCAUCUCCCAACUCGAAAAACCUAAGCUCAAUGGCGAAGGCACCACUUCCACCACGCUCGUUUUCGCAACUCAAAGUUGAUUUGCUUCACCAGCAAGUUGUGGAUUUAUUGUCGAGUCAUGAUUUUGCAAAAGCUUCUGCUCUUCUGGAACAAGCUGACCAACUUCCCAAAUCCAAAACUCGCGAGACGACUUACCUGAUUUCCAGGGCGCAGUAUUUGCUUUGUAAUUGGAUUCAAAAACUCACUUCUCACUCUAUAUACUGUGUUCUACCAGAGUCAACAGUUUCGCUUCCCUCCGUAUAUUUGGCGAACAAGACCACAGAUGAAAAACCCACUUCCAUAAAGUCUCGAAGCACCCAAAAGCUACCACUAACAGCGCGAGCAAGGGCAACUACAUCAACUGCGAAAGGAAAUACUCGGGCUGGUGCCAAAGAGUUUGCCGAUAUGCUAACUGCAGCAAGACAAUUACUCCCUGUUAUAUCAUCUUCAGUCCCGAUUUACGGAUCAACCACCCACAACCAUAUUGUGUCGUAUAUUUCGAGUCAAUUAUGCAUGGUAUCGCAUGCAACAUGCUCAAAACUGGAAAUUUUCUCGAACCCGCUCCAAGCAGCAGUUACUAUUGAAAACGGGCGAAACCUAGCUUUUUAUAGGGAACAAUCUUGUAUUGCAAUUGACAAAGAGUUGUGUGGUCCAGUUGAACCUUUGAAAUGGCCAACUGCGCCCAGCAAUUGCGCGAAAUCUGAAAAACUCGAGUGCAUCGAGUUUAUGCAAGACUAUGUCGAUAUCUUACCCGAUACCUGGAAUGUUCUCUCAUUGACUCUGAGCAAUGACCGUAAUGAGCUCAUUAUAUCCAAAUUACGGUCCGGAAAGCCACCUUUUUUGCUCCGUCUUCCAUUAAAGCGAGGUACAUCAGAGCACAUGGAUGAGGAGGAAUUUAACUUUGCGGAUGGGAAAAGGGAGCUUCUCGAAGUCAUUCAACUAGCCAACAAGAGCGCCCACGAUGCCAAGGCGCGUGUCGAUAAGAAUUCGAAGAAGGAAUGGUGGGCGGCGCGAAAAUCGUUAGACAAUCGCCUAAAAAACCUUCUCAAUAACAUCGAAGCUAUUUGGUUUGGUGGUUUCCGUGGCAUAUUCUCGCAAUGUUCCCCCAACGAAUCUCUCUUCUUCCGAUUCAUUGACUCGUUUGAGAAAAUUCUCGACAAACAUCUUCCAUCGCGACGACAUCGCGGAAAGGGUCGUGUUCUUAAAACAAAUUUCCACUGGAAUGUUAUGGAAUUGUUUGUCAACAUUGGAAAUAUUGAUGAGGGUCCAGACCCGGAUGAUCUGGUUAUGGACCUUUUGUAUUUCGUUGUCGAUAUACUCCAGUUUCAAGGGGAAAGGAAUGCGUAUGACGAAAUCGAUUUCGAUAUGAUGGUUAUUGAGACUCUCAGUGCGAUACGCGUCUACAAAGAAGCAGAGAAAAGAGAACGGAGAUCCAAACAGACAUACCGCACAAUUCUCAUUCUUGACAAAGAGCUGCACUCGUUUCCAUGGGAAUCUCUCGAAUGUUUGCGCGGAUCCUCAGUGUCCCGAAUGCCAUCUUUACACCACUUGAAAGAGACUGUGUUGAAACUUCGAGCCAACAAUGAUCUUGGAGAAGCAUUUGACGGAUUUCACAUUGACCGUAACCAUGGCUCAUAUAUCCUUAACCCUGGAGGGGAUUUGAAAUCGACACAAGGUACCUUUGAAGGCUCAUUGCUAAGCUUAAAUGGGUGGAGAGGUAUCGUCAACAGAGAACCAAGCGAGGAUGAAUUUAAGCAAUUCCUGGAAAGCAAAGACUUACUACUCUACUUCGGCCAUGGAAGCGGAGCGCAAUAUAUCCGAAGCAGGACGAUUAAGCGAUUGGAUCGAUGUGCUGUCACUUUCCUCAUGGGCUGCAGCAGUGGUACCUUGACCGAAGCGGGAGAAUUCGAGCCGUAUGGGACACCAAUCAAUUAUAUGCAUGCUGGGGCACCUGCUCUUGUCGCUACGCUCUGGGAUGUCACCGAUAAGGACAUUGACCGUUUCGCGCAAUCCACAUUUGAGCAUUGGGGUCUGAUGAACAAAGCACCAGCCGAGACCACUCCACCGGGCAGACCCAAAGGAUCAAAGGCUACCAACGCCCUGCAACACCUACAGGGAGAUGACCCCGUAGGGCUUGAUGCCGCUGUUGCUAAGUCACGAAGCGCGUGUAUAUUGAAAUAUCUGAAUGGCGCAGCACCUGUGGUUUAUGGAGUUCCCGUGUUUUUGAAGUAA